AUGGCCGUGCGCGGCGCCGGCACCUUGACGCCCUUCUCCAUCCAGGCGAUCCUCAACAAGAAGGAGGAGCGCGGCGGGCCGGCUGCGCCCGAGGGGCGCCCGGCGGCGGCGGUGCCGGCGCCCGCGGUCUGCUGCUGGCGGCUGUUUGGGGAGACGGACGCGGGCGCCCUAGGGGGCGCCGAGGACUCUCUGCUGGCGUCUCCGGCCAGGAGGCGGACAGCGGCCGGACACCCCGCGGAGAGCCCGGGAAGCUGGGACUCCGACUCGGCCGUCAGCGAGGAGAACGAGGGCCGGAGGCGCUGCGCGGACGUGCCGGGAGCCAGCGGGGCCGGCCGCGCCCGGGGGACCCUGGGCCUCGAUCCGCCGGGCUGCGAGCUCCAUGCCGCCGCCAAGGACCUGGAUGAGGACGCCGCGGGUCGGAGCGACAGCGAGAUGUCAGCCAGCGUUUCAGGCGAUCGCAGCCCGCGAGCUGAGGAUGAGCACGCCGGCCCGGGAGGAGGCGCGCGCGGGGCCGGCGGCGGGGGCGGCGGAGCCGGCGGCCGGGGAGGCAGCGGCCCGGCGGGCGGCGCGGAGGAGGAGGAGGAAGAAGAAGAAGAAGAAGAAGAGCCCGUGGCGCCCAAGCCCCGGAAGAAACGCUCCCGGGCCGCCUUCUCGCACGCGCAGGUCUUCGAGCUGGAACGCCGGUUCAAUCACCAGCGCUAUCUCUCCGGGCCCGAGCGCGCCGAUCUGGCCGCGUCUUUGAAACUCACCGAGACGCAGGUGAAGAUCUGGUUCCAGAACCGUCGCUAUAAGACCAAACGCCGCCAGAUGGCCGCCGACCUGCUGGCCUCGGCGCCCGCCGCCAAGAAGGUGGCGGUGAAGGUGCUGGUGCGAGACGACCAGAGACAGUACCUGCCUGGCGAGGUGCUGAGGCCUCCCUCCCUCCUGCCCCUGCAGCCCUCCUACUACUACCCCUACUACUGCCUCCCGGGCUGGGCGCUCUCCACGCAGUGAGCUGC